AUGUCUCUAUAUGUUGAUGAUUUACUUGUGACAGAAAAUAAUAUAGCGCUGAUUGAAGAAUUCAAGGAGGAAAUGAUGAAAGUAUUUGAGAUGACUGAUCUUGGAGAGAUGACUUAUUUUCUGGGAAUGGAGAUUAAGCAAACUCAGAAUGAAGUCUUUGUUUGUCAAAAGAAAUAUAUGAAGGAGAUUCUAAAGAGAUUUAGAAUAGAAAAUGCAAAAAUUGUUGCUCAAUCAAGUGCAGAGGAAGAAUUCACAGUUGUGACAACUACAGUCAACCAAGCUUUAUGGAUAAAGAAAAUCUUUUGCCAUCUUGGUUUGGAGAUGAAGGAAAACACUGAGAUAUUUGUGGACAAUCAAGCUGUCAUUGUUAUUUUUCACAAUCCAGUAUUUCUAGAAAGCCAAGAACUUCAUGUAAAGCUAUAUUUUCUUAGAGAAGUGCAAAAGAAUGGUCUAAUGAAUUUGGUAUAUUGCAGAACACAAGAGCAGCUGGUUGAUAUUUUUACAAAAGCUCUUUCAACAAGCAAAUUUGAGUUCUUGAGAAACAAACUUAGAGUUCGCAGCUCUUGA